AAACGGUAUAAGUGCAACGACUGCGAGCUAGCCUUCCGACGCGCAGAGCACCUUUCUCGGCACGUCCUGACACAUAGCGGAGAUAAGCCUUUCCCGUGCGGAGUGUGCUCGAGGGGAUUCUCCAGGGUUGACGCCUUGCGAAGGCAUGCUCGGAUC